ACAGAUUUAGUAGAGAUAAUUAAAUGUUUUGUUACAUAAAACAAGUUACUUGGUAACUGUAAAAAAAGUACUUCAACUAAACUGUUUUGUCGAAGACACAAAAUUAUUUUUCCUAGUGAUUCAUGUUGUUUACGAUAUUACACGCAUGACACUUUAUUCCCAUUAAACUCUUGUUUCACUUUACAGCUUUUGAAGGCUUCUUUCUCUGCAUCGAACUUGCACAUUGUUAGUUUCAUAUUAAUUCGAUUGAUGGAAAGAAAGAAAUUGCUGAGUUCUUAUAUGAGUUGUCUACGAUAUACGCCACAAGACACACCGUACAAGAGUUGAUACGUUCUGUCAGCGCUCUUCGCAUUUAGAAAAAAAAAACAGACAAGCAGCAAUAUGUAUAAUAGAUAAAACAAUAUGCAUUCUCAAUGUCACUUGGCGGUAUCGAGAUGAUAAAGUAAAGAGAAAUAUAUAUAAUCGCUCAUAUUCUUAUUCACUGAACUGUUCCUACGACUUUUCUGACGUGAAUGUGAAUAAACAUUUUAUUUGAUGGGAAUAUGACAAUAUGUUUAGAUACAAGGGUAAAUGCACCCCUUGAUCGUUACAAAGUAAGACGACCUUCGUAUCCGUUGCUACAGCCGUCAUUAUGCUAUUCACGUAAACGGAAAAUAAACGUGCACCGUAAUAGACUAUAAUAGUACUAAUAACCGUUGUUAAUGGCACAUGACUAAAAAGUUGGAACGAGUCAACUCAUAUGUAGUUUCUUGUGACACGGGUGCACAAUAUUAUCUACUUGAAAUUUAAUUGUCUUUGCGAUAUUGAAGCUUACAUCCAAGUUAAUUCGAUUGUGUUGCUAAAAAUGUGAGAAGCAAUAUUCUGAGAAAAAGUUUGCAAGAAAUAAUUAAUAAACCUAAAAGAUUUUUCGCAACGCUUUGUUCAUAAUUUCCUUUUAUAAAUUCGACAAACACACCAAUAUUGUGCAACAUCUCAAUAAACUGAUUUAUGAUGACAAAAGUUACAAGUAUACAAAUGUUUUCUCUAAAUUUUUUAAUGUAUACCAUCGGCGGUGUAUGGAGGCCGAUCGAGUGGUCAUCGAACUUUGCUAAGCUACUAUAUAAUGCGUUUACCUUUAUUGUAAUAGUCUUGUUAUAUUUUUUGAUGAUAACCCAAUUCUUGGAUAUCAUUCUCAUUGUCGAUAACCUCGAUGAUUUCGCAACAAACACUUUAAUGUUUCUGACCAUUGUUGCCGUUACUUGUAAGGCGACUAUCGUUGUGGCACGUCGGAAUGCAAUCAUCAACUUGGUGCAAGUAUUGUUGACGACACCUUGUAAGCCUCGAGACGAGGACGAAGUAGCAAUACAAACGAAAUUUGAUAAGUUUAUCAAAUCAUGCUCGAUAAAAUAUUCACUUUUAGCGACUAGCUCCGUCACCGGCGUCACAGUAAGAUCUGUGCUAAACGCUAUGGAGGGCUACUUACCCUAUCGUGUAUGGUUACCAUACGAUUACAACACAUCUCCGAUGUUCUGGAUUACAUCCAUUCAACAAAUCAUAACCGUGAUUUUUGUUACUAUCAUAAACGUCGGCACGGAAACUCUAGUUUUCGGAUUAUUUCUGCAAACAUGCGCGCAAUUUGAAAUAUUUGAAAGUCGUCUUCGUAAAUUAGUUAAUUACAAAACUAACAAGUUAAUGAAAAUUGAAGUCAGAUAUCUGGAACACUCGUCUCCGCCGCCAAAUAAAGAAAAGGCAAUAAUAUCAAAAUACGUACAUCAUCACCUCAAGAUUUACAAAUAUGCCAGAACAGUAAACGUUAUAUUCAAUCAGGUACUCUUUGUCCAAUUCUUUGGCAGCAUAUUAGUAUUAUGUACAAGUGUACAUUAUCUGUCAGCACACAGCUCGUUUUCCGAGACAGCCACUUUGAUAGUGUACACUAUUUGUAUGUUUGUGCAAAUUUAUGUUUACUGCUGGUCCGGAAACGAAGUCAUACUUAAGAGUAUGAGUGUGGGAGAUACAAUAUAUCGUAUGAACUGGCUUUCGUUGUCAGCAAACGAAAGGAAAGAGCUACUAAUGAUCAUGUUACGGUGUACACUUCCUAUAAAAUUUACCAGCAGCUUCUUGAUAACUUUAUCUCUCCAGUCUUACAGUAGUAUUUUAAAAAUAUCAUACUCGGCGUUUAAUCUAUUGCAAAAGUGAGACAUAUACAAUUAAAAAUGUGCUUCGACAUGAUGUUAUAGCGCUUUGGUAAAUUAUGUUCACUGUAAAUUUCUACCUAUCUCCUUAUCUCGCAACUUGAUAUUUUCGAAUUGUAAAAACAGCGUCGUAAUAAAACUUAUAAUUAUUAAACUCAUUUUUGAUCUUAGAUUAUCGCCGACAAUAAUUAUAGAUAAUAAAUAUUGGCAUCUCAGCAGUAAAAACUAUAUAAGUUGAUAAUAUUGUAAA